GCUGUCAAAGGUCACAGACAGUCGCAAAGACGACGACUGACUGAAUAUACAAACAACCUUCAACAGCACACCUGUCCGGCUGCAUGAAAAGAAACAAUCUGCUUCAGGAAACAAGAAACCUUCAACUAAAAAGAGGAUUAAGAUGAAGAGUUAACCAGGAAUUAAACACUCAACAAACACACAGUUCCGCUUAAGGUUUCACUCUGCUGGUUCUCCUGCUGGUUCUUCUUCUGGUUCUCUCAGCUGUGGCCAUGCUGGGAAGAACAGGAACCUUCUGUGGACGUUGCAGGUUUGAGCUCCAGCAGUCCCGUCACUCCUUUUCCUCCCCUCCCCCUCCCCCUGAGCUCUUCAGACUCCAUUACCCAGCAGGCAGUGAGAGCAGGAAGUACAGGAAGGGGCAGGAUGCGGUGCCGAUGAACUCAGCUCAGAUCAACCGAAUCUUAAAGGCCAACGAAUAUAGCCACACCCUCCCCAGAGGCCCUGCCUCCCAUGGUGUUCUUGGUUUCCACAGCAACAUGCUGCCAUCCAACCAUCCCAGCGAGGACCGCCGGAGCAGCGCCACCUGCCUGCCGGGCCGUGGCGGCGUGCUGUUUGGCGUGUUUGAUGGCCACGCUGGGACGGCGUGCGCUCAUGCCGUCAGCCAGAGGCUCUUCUACUACAUCGCCGUGGCAACGCUUCCAUUGAGGAUGCUGGCAGAGCUCGAACGGGCGGUGGAAGAAGAACGGGCCAUACCACCGCUACUGGAGUGGCACAAACACCCCCAAGACCACUACUGCCCCGACGGAGGAGCGAUCUCCUUCCACAGCCUCAGAAACUACUGGCAGGAGAGACUGGCUGAUGAAGACGAAGAGGAGGAAGAGGAGGAGGAGGACGGCUGCAGGGUGACGUCAGCGCUGGUCAACGCUUUCCGUCGCCUGGACUACGACCUGUCUGUGGAGGCCCAGGUCCACCUGUCCAUGUCUUCACCCAGACGGGUGUCUCUCCCUGGGGAGGCGUCGUCUCCCCCUUCCCCCCUCCGGGUGGCACUGUCCGGCUGCACGGCGUGCAUCGCCCACGUCUCCAAGGGUGUCCUGCACGUGGCCAACCUGGGUGACAGCCGGGCCGUCCUGGGCGUCAAGGAGCCCAACGGGAGCUGGUCGGCGGUCAGCCUCACCAACGACCACAACGCACAGAACCCGGACGAGCUGCAAAGGAUUCUGGGGGAGCACCCGCCUUCAGAGCAGAGGACUGUGGUCCGCCACGACCGUCUACUGGGUCUGCUGCUGCCCUUCAGGGCGUUCGGCGACGUCCGCUUCAAAUGGAGUGCGGAGAUGCUCAGUCGUGUCUACGAAACGCGGCCGGACGUCCUGUCUUUGGUCAGCGAGGCAGUUCGGUCACAGCCGCCGCACUACCUGACCCCGCCUUACCUGAGCGCCCAGCCGGAGGUCAUUCUGCACCGCAUCAGACCCGCUGACAAGUUCCUGGUCCUGGCGACUGACGGACUCUGGGAGCUGAUGCACCGACAGACGGUCGUCCAGCUGGUGGGGGAACAGAUAACAGGCCUUCAGCAGCAGAGACCCAUAAUUCCCGGCUUGGGCAUGACGCUGGGCAGCCUGCAGCACCUCCUGCUGGAGAGGAAGGGGCGGGUUCUGUCGGUGCUGGAGGACCAGAACGCCGCCACCCACCUGCUCCGUCACGCCCUGGGGGAUGAUGGGUAUGGAGCGGUGGCACCAAACCGUCUGGCCAAGAUGCUGAGUCUGCCGGCAGAGCUGGCCAGGAGGUACCGCGAUGACAUCACCAUCACCGUCAUCCACCUGAACGAGCCCGACCUUUAA